CCGGUGGUCUAGUUGGUAUCCUCGAAACCUUCUAGAGGUCAGGUCAGCGGUUCGAAUCCCGGCGUAGGCGAGCUUUUCUUGCAAAGUUAGUUUUUCUCUCGCUUCCGCUUCUGGCCUAGUGGAUAGCGCUAGUUCGUGUGUACACAGAGGGAAGAGAGUGCUGAACUCCUCUCGCAUAAAAAAUCGAAGGCAAAGUACCGCAGGAGGGGAGGGUAGAGAGGGGCUCUUCUGUGUGACCACGGGUUGGUGUAAACGGCACCAGUGCUGUGAGCGCUGAUUUGAAGUGAAGACAACACCAAAGUACAUGUAGCAGGCUGCUGAUCCAGCGUGGAGAUACGGGAUGCUUGACAACCUCCCCCCCAAAAAGUGGCGUGCACAUAAGACCUUGCUGUGGACGGUGAAACAGCGGUUCAGCACCCUGGACGCCAUGAGGCAUGGCCUAUGGAAGAAGAGGCUGCCGCUGCCGGACGUUCCUUUCCCCCGCAAGCAGGCACCGCUGUUGAUGUUCGUACACAAGUGGCACGCCCCCGGGACGCUGGCAAUGCCCGCCGAGGAGAUGGAGGAGAGGAGGGAGGGGCUGCAGGCGUACCUGUCGGAGCUGUCGGGGCUCAAGGACUCCUGGCGGUCCGACGUCGUUACCGAGGUGCUCUGCUUGGCGGAGGACGACGCCACCUCCGCUUCCGCAUCUCCCGCCGGCAACCAGGCCAACGAGGCUCAACCCCCGUCGUCUUCGGCCCUCCCUCCGCCUGUAACGAAGGCCGUGUCGUGGGUCGAUCAGCAGACCCCGGCGACGGCGCUGACGGACUUCGCCGCCAGGCCGGACGAGGCGCCGCACUGCACCCCGCGAAGCCCGCCGCCGCCGCCGCCUCCGGUCUCGGCUCUGUCGUCGUCGUCGAAGCUUACCCCCCCAUCGUUGUCGUUGUCAUCGCCGAAGCCGACCGCAGAGGCCGCCGCCGUCGCCGCGGGGGCCCCGACGUCCAGCACCACCACUCCGGGUGGGGGUGCGGUGUCGGCGUCCGACUCUCCCGACGCCGCCUCUGGGUCGGUCUUGGAGGAAACAAGAGAUGCCGACGUCGGCGAGGGCAGCGCGGCGGCGGCGAUGGGUGCACCUGCCGCUGCUGCUGCUGCAGCGCCGGAGGACUCCACGCCAGCGGCGGCGGACAGCUGCGAAGAGAAAGGUCAAGAGCCGACGGCGUUCCUCUCCCCGCCGAAGGGGCCAGCGGACGCCGCCGCCGAUGCGGCCGCUGUCGCAGACGGCCCCGCCGCGUCGCUCCUGCGGACUGAACCGCGGCUGCUGACGCGGCGGGUCAGGGAGCGGGCACGGAAGAGACUGGAACAGCAGUUGCACGCAGCCACGGCGGCGAAGCCGGGUAGUGGUGGUGGUUAUGCUCCUGCUGAUACCGCUGCUGUUGACCCGAUCCCCGUUGCCGAUUCUGCCGCCAUAUCCACACCGCCCGUCUCGUUGCCUUCCAGUCCGAUUCGUCCCGCCCCCUUUACCGCCGACGAGCCAGGAGAGGCGAGACGGGUUUCGCAGUCGCACGAUGUGGUGUCGGUGUCGUCGUCUCCCGCGGCGGCGGAGCAAGCGGAGAAGACGAGCGGCGUCCCACCUGCUGCUGCCAUCCCGGGUGAUGUGCCUGCUACUGCAUGCGCGGUCGCCUCUCCAGCGGGCGAGACGACCGCUGCAGAGGGGGAGAGAAACACAGGCGGUGGCGAGGAGGAGGAGGACGGAGGGGCGGAGGGUGCCGCUACGGUCCAGCAACCCGGCAUACCUUCUACGGCCGAGAAAGGGGAAACCCAAGGGGCGGCGGGAAGCAGCGGAGGGGGGGAGAAGGAAGAGCGAGAGGCAGCAGCCGAGGGUGGCUUGCCGGAAAGCAUGGGGACUCCCGGGGCGGAAGUUCAAGCGGGCGAGAGCCUGUUGCCGUCGCUGCUGUUGUCUGCGCCAACGGCGGUGCUGACGGCGGCAGCUGUGCUUGCGGCCGAGAUUGCCGCCGAGAAACCGGAGGACGAGGAGAGGCUAGGGCAGCAGACGGAGCCACCCUUGUCCGACCAGACUUCACCGGCGACCGCUCUUCCUGCAACUGAAACCGCUGGAAGUCAGGAGGGUCAGACGGAGGAAUCGGUAGCUGUUGCUGCCGCACCUGUCGAGGACCAGACGCUCGCCGAAGACGAAGGGGAGGCCUCCGGAAGCGAGGGAGCUAGCGCCGUUGUUGCGACAGCUGCUGGUGGUGAUACGGCCGAGAUUGCCGCCGAGAAACCGGAGGACGAGGAGAGGCUAGGGCAGCAGACGGAGCCACCCUUGUCCGACCAGACUUCACCGGCGACCGCUCUUCCUGCGACUGAAACCGCUGGAAGUCAGGAGGGUCAGACGGAGGAAUCGGUAGCUGUUGCUGCCUCACCUGUCGAAGACCAGUCGCUCGCCGAAGACGAAGGGGGGGCCUCCGGAAGCGAGGGAGCUAGCGCCGUUGUUGCGACAGCUACUGGUGGCCAUACUGCCGAGAUUACCGCCGAGGAACCGGAGGACGAGGAGAGGCUAGGGCAGUACACGGAGCCACCCUUGUCCGACCAGACUUCACCGGCGACUGCUCUUCCUGCGACUGAAACCGCUGGAAGUCAGGAGGGUCAGACGGAGGAAUCGGUAGCUGUUGCUGCCGCACCUGUCGAAGACCAGUCGCUCGCCGAAGACGAAGGGGGGGCCUCCGGAAGCGAGGGAGCUAGCACCGUUGUUGCGGCAGCUACUGGUGGUGGUACCUCACCUGCCGGAGACUACACCGUCACCCUUUCGGCUUUAGAUGCGCAAGACCCCUCGGACUCCGGAAGCGAGGAAGCUAGCGCCGAGGUUUCGGCCGCUAAAGGUAGCGCGGCACCUGUAGAUGGCCGCACUCCGGCCCCGCCCGCGGAAGAGGUAGCUGCCGAGAUGCAGGAGGGGCCACCGGCCGAGCAUGCCGCAGCCGAAGACUCCGGCGCCGAUGCCCAGACGUUGUCCAUCCUGGCCGUCGCGGCCGCUGCUGCUGACGCGGCGGUGGAGCAAGAAGGCCGGGAGGAGAGAGACCGUGGGCACGCGUCCGCGGUGUCGGCGCUGACUCUGUCGUCCGCUACCGAAGACUACACUGAGGAGGGCGAGAGCCGAGAGGCGAACGUGUGUUGCGCGGAUGGUGCGGCUGCCGCGCCUGGCGAGCUUGCCGGCCAAACGGUGGACGCUCAUCCUCCUACUAGCUUGCCCACACCCACCACGGCAACCAAAGGCCGAGCUUCCUUGUUGAACAGGGCGAGGUGGUCACUGUCGAGCAAGAAGGCCACCGCCGAUACCAAGCAGAAGGAUGCCGCCGGCGCCGGCGCCGCUGCUGCUGCUGGAGGAGUAAACCCAGCUGAAGACCUCGCUCAAGAAGAAGCCGCCGCCGCCGCCGCCGCCCCCUCAAAGCCACUGUCUCUCUCGUCGACGACCACCCCCACGGCCGCUGGUCCUAGCGCCUUCACCCCGCGCACGGCGAGCAGGCUGGCAUCGUUGCGCAACAAGGCCCGCGGGUGGCGGAAGUCCCGGGGGAGCGGCGGCGGCGGCGGCCGCGACUCCGAGGGAAGCGGGCCCUUGUCCGACGGCCGCGCUGGUGGCAGCAGCCGCGGCAGCGGCAGCGGGCCGCUUUCGGGGCGCAGGAGCUUGGGAGCAGUGGCUCGCAGGAGGACCGUCAGCGGACCGCUGUCCUUGUCCUCGGCGCGGAGCGGCAAGGGCGGCUCGAAGGGGUUCUUCUCCUCCAUGUCGAAGAGCCCGGAGGCCGCUGCGGGGGACUCCGACGGCCACAAGGGGGAGGAGGGUCUUCCCGCUCCCGGGGAGGAGGAGACCGGCGGCGGCGGCGGCGUCUCUCCGGGAGGUCUCGCGCCCGCGAGCGGGUCGGCGACGGGGAACCCGGCGCAGACCGACAGUGACGACGGCGCGCUCGCGCCCGUCGGCGCCAAAGAUGGCCCGGCCGCCGCUGGUGGCGGCGGCGGCAGCGGCUUCGAUGGCUUUGCUGUCCCGCCUAGCCCAAGCGAGGGGUAG